UGCCUUUAUCUCCUCUACCAAUGGAUCUUUUAGCAAGACUUUGCUCUGUAGACAGCUAAGGGAUGCUUGAAGACUAGGGUGUCUACCUUUGAGAAUCCAUUUUAUGCAGAGAGCCACUCCCCAUGCUCCUGAGAACUGUUGCCUGUCUUCUCAGCCUGCCUCUUUUUAUAAGAUGUUCACUCUGACCAAAGCCUUAGAAAAGGCUCUUCUCCAGCAUUUCAUAUACAUGAAGGUGAACAUCGCCUAUGCCAUCAACAAGCCAUUCCCCUUCUUCGAAGCGCUCCGGGACAAAUCCUUCAUCACUGAGAGAAUGUACAAGGAAUCUCUGGAAGCCUGUCAAAAUCUGGUCCCUCUGUCCAAAGUGGUGCACAAUAUUCUCACCAGUCUGGAGCAGACUUUCCCCCCGUCAGUGCUGCUGACGUUGUUCAGCAAGGUCAACCUCCGGGAAUACCCCAGCCUGGUGGCAAUUUUCAGAAGCUUCAGAAACGGUAAUGUGGUUUCUCCGAUCCUUGUCACAUGUGCAGUGGUGCUACAGUAAAAGCCUGGGUUUGUUUCCAGUGUGGAUUGUGCAUUCCAAUGCC